AUGAACCAAUCAUAAAAAUAAUUUGAAUUCAAGAAUGUUGAUGAAUUAAAAAUCUUUCUUAAAUACUAACAAAGAGCAUCACUUCAAUAUCAAUAAAGAUUCAAAGAUUUAUUGCUUUAAAAAGUUGGACAAUCUCCAAUCAAAUUUGAUUCUAAUUUAUCUAUUAAAGAAUUUUAAACCUAAUAUGAUGCUAAGGUUCCAGUAAUUAUCAAUGGAUUGGAUGAAGAUUGGGAAAAUUGGAAUUGGGAUUAUUUAAUCCAAAAUUAUAAAGAUUGCUAAUUUAGGUGUGCCAUAGAUGAUGAUGGCAACUAUUUAAAAUUAAGAUUUGAUUAAUACAUUCAAUAUUUUUAAGACAAUAGUGAUUACAAUCCCUUAUAUAUAUUUGAUGGAGAUAUCCCUAAAAAUAUGCUUAAUUAAUACAAGAUACCAUACUUAUUUCCAUAGGACUACCUAGCUUAUUUGAAGUAGAAAAGACCAUAAUAUAGAUGGAUUUUAUGUGGGUAAAUCUAUUGAUAUAUUAGACCUAAGCAAUCGGGAUCAAUGAUUCAUAUAGAUCCUUAUGAAACAUCUGCUUGGAAUUGUGUUGUUUUAGGUAAAAAAAGAUGGGUUAUGUUUCCUCCAUCUAUAGAUAAGAAUAUUGUUAAAGGUAUGAUGAUUAUUAUUAUAAUAAUAGGAAAAUCCUUAAUUAGUUAGGAGGUGUUAUCAAAUAUUAAUAAUCCUAUUGAUUAUUUUAGUAUCAUAGUUCCUUUAAUAAAGGAAUAUUGUGAUUAAUAAAAUAUUCAAUAUUAUGAUUUUAUCUAGAGUGAACAUGAGACUGUUUAUGUUCCAAAUGGAUGGUGGCAUGCUGUGUUGAAUAUUGAAGAUUGUGUGGCUGUGACUUAGAAUUAUGUAAGUGAUUAAAACUUUGAAAAAUUUUGGAUUGCUUUUAAUAAAGAAAAUCCAACAUUAAGUCAAUAAUUUUAAACAAAUGUAUAAUAAGAAAAUGAAGAGUUAUACAAGAAGAUUUUGAUAUUGAAUGAAAGAUUCAAUAUUUAGAUUAAAUCAUUAUAAUAAGAUGAUAAUGUCUCAGAAUAAGAUUCUUUGGAAGAGUUUUAAAAUUAGUUUGACUGA